AUGGUGGGAGCAAUAUUCUCUUUCCAUCUGCUGUUCAAGGACAGUCCAGAUGCUUACAUGCACAAACCACUGCCGCUGGAAUGCGCCAGUUUAAAUUUCAGAGCAUUCCAGUAUGCCCAGGCUAUGCUCUUUGCCAUAGAGGAGAUUAAUAACAGCACAGACCUACUGCCUGGCAUCUCUGUGGGAUAUAAGAUCUAUGAUGCCUGUGCUUCCAUUGCCAGAGCUGUAAGAGUCGCACUGGCUUUGACUAAUGGUAAUGAAAUAGUAUCUACACUUUCAGAGGCAACAUGUACCAGACCUGCUCAAGUGCAAGCCAUUCUGGGAGAGGCCUUUUCCUCUCCUUGUAUGGCUAUGGCUACUGUCAUCGGACCAUUUCAUGUUCCACUGAUCAGCCACUUUGCUACUUGUGCUUGUCUCAGUGAUAAAACCAAGUACCCAUCCUUCCUCAGAACAAUACCCAGUGACUACUACCAGAGCAGAGCCCUGGCUCAUUUAGUCAAAUACUUUGGUUGGACUUGGGUUGGAGCUAUUAGAACAAAUGAUGAUUAUGGCAAUAAUGGCAUGGCCACAUUUACAGAAAUAGCCCAGCAGCUUGGCAUCUAUCCACCAGACAAAAUACAAAAGAUAAUUGACAUUAUAAAAGCUUCCACUUCCAAAGUGAUUGUCACUUUCCUCUCUCCCACGGAGUUAUAUGUGAUAAUACAUGAGUUCUUUCUGCAAAAAUUGACUGGGUACCAGUGGGUAGGCACUGAGGCAUGGAUAUUUGAUAUCCAAACUGCAGCUGUGGAUAAGCAUCACAUUCUGGAUGGUGCCAUAGGCCUCUCUAUCCCCAAAGCACAUGUCAGUGGCAUGAGAGAGUUCAUUUUAGAUGCAAAGCCACUCAAUACAUCUACUAAUGUAUUAUUUAAAGAGUUUUGGGAGGCAUUAUUUGGCUGUAAGUUCAAGCAGUCAGUGUCAUCGGCAGAGAAUGAAAAAGAAUGUACUGGACAUGAAGAUGUUACUCAAGUGCAAAACAGCUUCACUGAUAUGUCACUGAUGCCUAUCUUUUAUAAUAUUUAUAAGGGAGUGUAUGCUGUGGCCCAUGCAGUUCAUAAUAUGCUCAGCUGUAAUAAAACAUGUGACAACAUUGUGCAACUAGAUCCAUUCAUUAUUUUACAGCACAUAAAAAAGGUUAAUUUCAAAACAAAGGAAGGAGAUGAGGUUUACUUUAAUGAAAACGGAGACCCAGCUGCAAAGUAUGAAAUUAUAAACUGGCAGCCAUCAGGAAAUGGACUUGUGAAGUUUGUCACAGUUGGUCUUUAUGAUGCAUCUUUACCUCCAGACAAGCAAAUGAAUCUGCAAAAUAAGUCGUUAUUUUGGGCACAGAAUUCACAACAGGUGCCUGUGUCAGUUUGCAGUGAGAAAUGUCCCCCAGGAACUCGCAAGGUUCUGCAGAAAGGAAAGCCUGUCUGCUGCUAUGACUGUUUAAGAUGUCCAGAGGGAGAAAUAAGCAACAUUACAGAUUCUAUCACCUGUGUGAAAUGCGACCCUGAGUUCUGGUCAAAUGAGAGAAGAGAUGCCUGUGUAAAAAAGGAGGCAGAGUUUCUAUCAUAUGAAGAGAUUAUGGGAGCACUGCUCACUGCAGCCUCUUUAUUUGGAACAUGCAUGACUGCUGUUGUGGCAUUCAUUUUCUUCAGAUACAGACAGACUCCAAUUGUCAGAGCCAACAACUCUGAGCUGAGCUUCCUGCUGCUCUUCUCCUUGACUCUGUGUUUCCUGUGUUCUCUGACCUUCAUUGGUCGGCCCUCUGAGUGGUCCUGCAUGCUGAGACACACUGCAUUUGGCAUCACCUUUGUCCUCUGUAUCUCUUGUGUUCUGGGGAAAACAAUAGUAGUGUUAAUGGCCUUCAGGGCCACACUUCCAGGUAGUGAUGUGAUGAAAUGGUUUGGGCCUGCACAGCAGAAACUCAGUGUUGUGGGUUUCACUAUUAUACAAGUCAUCAUAUGUAUCCUCUGGUUAACAAUUUCUCCUCCAUUUCCCUUUAAGAAUUUUAAUACAUUCAAGGACAGAAUCAUCUUUGAGUGUGCUCUGGGCUCAGCUGUCGGCUUUUGGGCUGUACUUGGGUACAUAGGACUUUUGGCCAUGUUGUGUUUUAGUCUUGCUUUUCUGGCUCGGAAACUACCUGAUAAUUUCAAUGAAGCUAAAUUUAUCACCUUCAGCAUGCUGAUAUUCUGUGCAGUAUGGAUCACUUUUAUCCCAGCAUAUGUCAGCUCUCCUGGGAAGUUCAGUGUUGCUGUGGAGAUAUUUGCUAUUCUGGCUUCAAGUUUUGGACUGCUCAUUUGUAUUUUUAUUCCAAAAUGUUACAUUAUCUUACUGAAACCAGAGAAGAACACGAAAAAGAAUAUGAUGGGUAAGGGGGCCCCAAAAUCAUCCUGA